UCAGCGCAGCGCAUGACCCGUCAGUACCAGGCGGGACGUGUUUGCAUUCCCGGUCACACAUCCGCUAUCUGUCCAAGUAAAGUUCACUUCCAGCGUUAGCCGGCGGGGCUAGAUUAGCAUUAGCCAUGCUAGCGAUAGCAAAUGUGUUAUCUAACGUUAGCUUCACCCCCUACCCGGUUAACGGUGGGUUAAUUUAACGAGUUGUGCUCCGCAAACGUUAACCGCCGUUUAGUUCCAGCUUGCGAUGGAGACGACAGAAGUAUGUGAGAUCGACAUGGCGACCAGGAGAAUAGUGGGCGGUAGCGACUCUCCUCUUGACCUGGACAGCCCAUGUCAGGAAGAGGUGGCGGAGUUUGGUUUGGGGUUGUGCUGUGCCGAGGAGCAGAGGGGGGAAACUCCGGGCAGAGAGGACAGCCCCAGCGACCUGGGGGAGGCAGAGCUCGACCCCGAGGGGGACCUCAAGACGGCAGACGAAAAGGCCUUCGGGAAGGAGGUUGUUCUUUUGAUGAAGGCUCUAAACUCCCUCGCCACUCCCGAGGAGAAGCUAGCGGCUUUGUGCAAGAAAUAUGCAGACCUGUUGGAGGAGAGCCGCUGCAUGCAGAAGCGUCUGAAAGCCCUGCAGAAGAAACAGUCUCAGAUCGUGAAGGAGAAGAUCCACCUGCAGGGCGAGCACAGCAAGGCCAUCCUGGCCCGCAGCAAGCUGGAGAGCCUCUGCAGGGAGCUGCAGAGACACAACAAGACUCUGAAGGAGGAAAACGGCCAAAGGUCCAGGGAGUACGAGGAGCAGCGGAAGGAGGCCAUGCUGCACUUCCAGAUGACUCUGAGCGACAUUGAGGUGCAGAUGGAGCAGCACAGCUCGCACAACACCAAGCUGAGGCAGGAGAACAUGGAGCUGGCCGAGAAGCUCAAGAAGCUCAUCGAGCAGUACGAGCUGCGAGAGGAGCAUAUAGACAAGGUGUUCAAGCACAAGGAGCUCCAACAGCAGCUGAUGGACGCCAAGCUGCAGAGGAUCACCGAGAUGAUGAGAGAGGUGGAGGAGAAGCAGCAGAGAGAGAGAGACUUUCUGCUGAAUGACGCCACGGAGUCCAGGCGCAAGUGUGAGCUGAUGAAGGAGCAAGAGACGCAGCUCAAACAACAGCUCUCCCUGUACAUGGACAAGUUCGAGGAGUUUCAGAGCACCCUGGCUAAAAGCAAUGAAGUCUUCACCACUUUCAGACAGGAGAUGGAGAAGAUGACCAAGAAGAUCAAGAAGCUGGAGAAGGAAACAACGCAAUGGAGGACCAAAUGGGAAAGUAACAACCAGGCGCUGCUGCAGAUGGCCGAGGAGAAAACUCUGCGCGAUGGACACUUCAAGGCCAUGCAGGGGAAGCUGGAGCUGCUGGAGCGGCUGUGCAGAGCCCUGCAGAAGGAGAGGAACGACCUCAACAACCAGCUCAGCCUCCUCCAGGAGCCGGGGGACAAGGGGACCGCGGCGCCUCCUGAAGCCCAGUCUCAGGAGGAGCCGGGGGACAAGGGGACCGCUGCGCCUCCUGAAGCCCAGUCUCAGGAGGAGCCGGGGGACAAGGGGACCGCUGCGCCUCCUGAAGCCCAGUCUCAGGAGGAGCCGGGGGACAAGGGGACCGCUGCGCCUCCUGAAGCCCAGUCUCAGGAGGAGCCGGGGGACAAGGGGACCGCUGCGCCUCCUGAAGCCCAGUCUCAGGGGGACAAGGGGACCGCGGCGCCUCCUGAAGCCCAGUCUCAGGAGGAGCCGGGGGACAAGGGGACUGCUGCGCCUCCUGAAGCCCAGUCCCAGGAGGAGCCGGGGGACAAGGGGACCGCUGCGCCUCCUGAAGCCCAGUCUCAGGAGGAGCCGGGGGACAAGGGGACCGCGGCGCCUCCUGAAGCCCAGUCUCAGGGGGACAAGGGGACCGCGGCGCCUCCUGAAGCCCAGUCUCAGGAGCCCUCUGCUGGGCAGGAAGACGGAGACGACGAGGAGGAAAAGAAGGCCGUGGAGGGCUCGGCACAGGACGACGAGCCAGAGCUUUUCCACCAAGCUCCCAGACCACCUGAAAAGGACCCCAAACCGGCUGCUACUGAUAAAACCACUACUGCUGCUACGCCGACAACGAGCCAGCCUGCGGAAACCUCACAGCAGGACUGAAGGAGCCUAUGCAGUGUGUGUGUGUGUGUGCGUGUGUGUGUGUGUGUGUGUGUGUGUGUGAGUGUGUGUGUGAGAGACUGAUGCGAUCGGAGUGCUCCUCACACCUCCAGCCUAGUUCCUGUAACUUGCGAGAAAAAACAGCAUCUUCAUUGGGGAAGACUAGAGAUUUGUUUUGUUUUUGUUUAAAAUUCUAGACUUGCCUCUCCGGGUUUCCGCACUGAAAAUGAGCCCGUAUAAAAAAUGUUGUGCAAUAGUCAGAGGAAUAAAAUGAUUGUAUCAAGGAUUCUGUUCUAAAAACGUUGCCCACGUUUACUUUGGAUGUAGUGAUUGGGUUCUUGGUACGCCCCGUUUUCUACCAUAACCAAGUUUUUCAUAGAUUUCCAUUGACGCUGGGCAAAAGUCAAAUUGGUCGUCUUUUUUUUUUUUCUCCCUUCCUGUCUUGUCUCAUUGGAAAUUCCAGUUUGAUUUAAACUAAGUGGGUUUAUCGCACACAUAUUGUCAUAGUUCAGUUCAUGUAGCCUUUCUGUUGGAGUGUGAUGGGACGUAGUGUUGAACAAGAGCGACGUCCAACUUGGGCUUAUUUGUCAUCCUUAUUGGCCCACAGGGGUAUUAAAUGUUUCCAUCACAACAUGGAUAUGUUUAUUAAACACAGACCAAUUCAACCAGAAGUGAAUCUGAAAUUUAAAACUUGGGUUUGAUAGUUCCACCUCACCAGUUUUCUGACCCGCCUAUAAAAUGUUGUAAUGAGUAAAUUAAUGAUACAGGUCAAGACACUUAUUUUGUUGCUGGCUUGGUGCCCACUUGAGGGACAAGUAAUGUAGAGAUGUUUAUAUUUUUUAUUUUCAUUUGAUUUCCAGUCGGCUCAACAGAAGUGCUGAGUCAGGAGUUCUGAAACGCCUUCAUCCUCUGGGAACCUAUUCUCUUAAUUAUGUUGGAAAAACAUCAGAAUAAUGGGCCCUCAACAUCUAGGACACUUAAGAUUAAACGGGACUUUACUUUUUCUGAUGCAUUUUGAAUAAAAGGAUAAAUUUCCAAGAGUAUCUAUUUAUCUUUUGCUUCGUCUGCAUCUGGGACCUCAGUCCCACCCCGAUCGGCACUUUUUGGCAACUUUAAAUAGUUGCAAAACACUUGAUGUGAACAUGUACAGGGUCAGGUGGUGUGUGUGUGUGUGUAAUUUUUACUUUCGGGAAGAGUACGGAUCUCGUAGUCCGAGGGAAGACUUUUCCGCAUACAUUUCCUUUGGCGUUGCCCCAGAUUGACUCUCAGGUAAUGUCAGAAUCUACCUCUGCAGGUGAGACCAACUGUGAAAGAGCCGCGAGUCACCAACAGCUUUCGGAGAGCUCUGUUUUUAUUCAAAACAUUAAAUGGGAAAACGAACCGCGAGCCCGCACCCCUCUGAUUGUAAAACGUUCUUAAAGUCCUAUCUUGCUUUUCCAAUAAACAUUUUGUAGAAUUUG